AUGAGAAUCUUCAUUUGCAAGGGAGGCUGUUUUCCUGGGUCACUGGCCCUCUCCAGGGAUCUCGUGCUUCUUGUGUCCAGGGCGCCGAUCCGAUUGGCUGAUUGGCUAAGAAGAUGGUCUCUCUAUGCCCCAUAUGCCUCUAUGCUUUCUGCUUUCUUGUUUGUCUUGAGUCUACAAUCUCAUUUUGCUAGCUGGUUUAGCUGCCAGGAGACAACUUCCAGCGGCUUGGCGUUCCGCAAGAUCAAGCCAGGCACUGGAAAAGAACGCCCACAAUUGGAGACGAAUGUGACGGCUUUAUACAAUGGUUGGGCUUCCAAUGGCGACUUGGUGCUCUCAACAUCAUUUGGCGCUCAAGACACCUUCCUUGUCCGGGAGGUGCCCAUUGAAGGCCUAAAGGAGGCCUUGCAACUCAUGGUGGAAGGUGAGACUCGUCGUUUCUGGAUUCCUGGGAAGCUUGGAUUUGGAGCGACAGCUGACGAAAGCCGAGGAUUGCCACCAGGUCUUUUGGUCUUUGAUGUGCGACUCAUGAGCAUAAACAGCUGA